AGGGGUUACCGUUGGCUAAGGGGGCGGGGCAGAGUUGGCGUGCGCACGCGUGCUGGGCUCUGCGAAGGAAGGCGGCCGGGUGGAAGCCCCACAGCCCCCAGGUCGCCUUGGUGUUUGGAAGUCAUGUCCGGUCCGGCCCCCCGAGAGCCCCACACGUCCACCCCUCAGGCGGCGGCCGCGGCCGCUGCUGCUGCUGCUGCUGCUGCUGCUGCUGCUUCGGCCUCGGCUGCUGCAGUCGGCGGCGCUGCUGCUUCCGACCCUGCCCCCGCGGCCGAGGGCCCUUCCAAUGACACUUCCUUCGGAGAGCAGGGCCUGAGCUUUACCACCACAGACCUCAACCUGGUGGAGAUGACGGAGAUCGAAUACACACAACUGCAGCAUAUACUCUAUUCCCACAUGGAGGCCCAAGCCAACGAAGGGGAGCUGGAAACCCGGCUAAAUUCUGCCUUCUUCUCCGCGAGCAAUCCCUCGAGCCAGGCUCAGUACCAAUCCUCCAGCAGCACCAGCCAGCCCAGCUACUCCUCCAACAGCACUGGGAGCCAGUCAGUGUAUCCAGUCAUCUGCCAGUCAGGCCUGACUUCUGAUGGCAGCUUUGUGGGGUCAAACCAGUGUCUGGGACACAUUGAUUUCCAAGAGCUGAGAAUGAUGCUGCUCAGUGAAUCGAAUUUACCUGUGACAGUUGCCAACCAGGUAGAGAAAACACCCAACAGUAGUUCUGUAGAGGUCACUGGCCACAGUGUGGUAAGAGUUAAGCAUGGAGAAAAUGUUGGUGGACCAAAUAAAGAAAAUAUAGCUGUUGAAAAUCUGGCUCCUGUGCCAGAAACUAGAUCUAAAUCUGCAGUCCGAGUUCGGCUGGAAGACAGAUUCAACAGUAUCCAGACAGAAAUUCCCAGGUGCCAAGAGCCUCAGGAAUCUGGAGUUACUCUUAACAAUUUGGUAACCCUUAUUCGACAUCCAUCAGAACUAAUGAAUGUUCCUCUUCAUCAGCAGCAAAACAAAUGUACCACAUUAGUGAAAAAUAAAACUGCUGCUGCUACUACUGCUUUGCAAUUUACAUACCCAUUAUUUACUGCAAAUGCCUGUUCUACUGCUGGGAAUUCUAAUCUUUCACAAACACAGAGUUCUAGUAACUCAUGUUCUAUACUUGAAGCUGCCAAACAUCAAGAUAUUGGGUUACCCAGAGCAUUUUCUUUCUGUUACCAGCAAGAAAUUGAAUCUACUAAACAGACUUUAGGCAGUAGAAACAAGCCUUUACCUGAGCAGGUUUGGAUUAAAGUAGGAGAAGAAGCGUUAUGUAAACAAGCAAUAAAUAAAAGAAAUCGAAGUCGAAUGCGUCAGUUGGACACAAAUGUAGAAAGAAGAGCGCUUGGUGAAAUUCAGAAUGUAGGAGAAAGCCAGAGCACCACAACUUCACAGGGUGCUUGGCAAUCCACAGAGUCUACACAGUCAAGCUUGAGUGACCAGACACAAAGUGGGCAACAAGGUGGACGCUCUCAGCGCAGGGAGAGGCAUAAUCGAAUGGAAAGAGAUCGAAGGCGCAGAAUUCGGAUUUGUUGUGAUGAGUUGAAUCUUCUAGUUCCAUUCUGCAAUGCUGAGACUGAUAAGGCAACAACUUUACAGUGGACAACAGCAUUCCUGAAAUAUAUUCAGGAAAGACAUGGAGAUUCUCUGAAGAAGGGCCUAUACUUGUCCAGGCUACAGAGAAACCAUCAACGGAUAGGGCAUCCCUCUCUUGGACAGUGCUUGCUUGGGGUGAUACCAACAGUUUGUCUCUUCUUCACCUUCUUUUUCUGUUGUCCUUAUUACUACACAAAUCUCAUGAAUCACAGUUUCAUCUAUUUCCUCGUUUUCAUCUUUAUAGUUGCUUUGCAAACCUACCAGAUGUCCUUAAUACCAAUGUAA